UCACCCCCUCUGUCCAUCAGGGUGACGCCAGCAGGGCUUUAUAAGAACCCAUCUCUCCCGGGACGGAACCAGAAGACCCGCCGAGCCGCAGCCUGACAGACAGAAAGGUGAUGAAGAUGUUCUCCUCCCUGAGCCUCCGCUGCCUCCUCCUGCUCCUCCUCUGCCUCAGCGCCUCCAUCAGCUGCUCCGCCGCCGCCCAGAGAGACUCCAAACUCCGCCUGCUGCUGCACCGGACCCCGCUGCUGAGCUCCAAACAGGACGUGUCUCGCUCCUCGCUGGCAGAGCUCCUCCUCUCGGACCUCCUGCAGAUGGAGAACGAGGCCCUGGAGGAGGACGGGUUCACGCUCCCUGAAGGGGAACCAGAGGACAUCCGUGUGGACCUGGAGCGAGCCGCCAGCAGUGGGCCGCUGCUCGCCCCCCGAGAGAGAAAGGCUGGCUGCAAGAACUUCUUCUGGAAGACCUUCACGUCCUGCUGAGCCUUCCUCCUCCUCCUCCUCCUCCUCCUGAUGCUGUACAGAAACUGAUCUCUGGUCAGUUUGGAUGAAAUGUUCUGAUCUUUCUGAGCUGAUUCUUUCUGAAUGUAAACAUAUUUUUAAUUGUUGGUUUGAAUAAAAUCU